UGUCAAAAAGUUCAUGGCGGACGGGCGAUUGGUUGGGACCCAAACAUUGAGCACGUUUGAUUUUACAUAAUUUCGUAUUAGUCCACUCCAGAGUCACAUGCUAUCAGUUGUUGCGUGCUAGACGCAAUCAUCGCCCCGCAAUGUCCACGGUGGAGUCGGACUGCUUCACGAUCGGGAGUAUAGUGGCCACUAAAACAUGUUACAACGAAGAGAUUGAAGGGGAAGUGUUGGCUUUCGAUCCUCAAACUAAAAUGCUGAUACUGAAGUGUCCGUCUUCCAGCGGGAACCCGAAACGCCACGACGUGAAUAUCGUGAACCUGUCUCUGGUAAGCGACGUGCAAAUCAAGAAAGAGGUGACUUCGACCCCGGACCCGCCACAAUCUCUGAACCUGAACAGGCUUAACACUAGGGUCAGAAAUUCAAUUGAAAAUAAGCGGAGAUUAGUGUCAGCGCUAUCAGCAUGCUUGGACCCGGAGGGCCAGCGGUUGUUCCUGGCGAUCGCGCGGCUCAUCGAUGACGUCACCUGGGUCGGACAGAACAUCCGGGUGUACAAUGAGGUCACCAUCACACCCCCUUACAAGGUAGAAAACGUUAUAGGCGAGCCGGAAUCCAAACCGUAUAACUACAUAAGGAAAUUCGUCGAGAAGCAUUGGCGCGAGCCCAGAGACCACGCCGCGGCCAACUCCAGCCAGCAUCAGUAGAUAUCGUUGGGAUAUGUCUCUGGUAAAGCCACACUCGAUCAGAGAUGCCUAAAGUCCGGUCGCCGAGCAGAAAGUAUUUCGUCCAAUGACCCCAGGCUACCCAUCCUUAUCGCUCGCACGUAAUUAUAUUGCUGUCGCGUCUGUGCGACGGGCGGCCGCAGUGAGUGUGCGAGCGAUAAGGAUGGGUAGCUUGGGGUCAUUGGACGAAAGUCUAUCUGCUCGGCGACCGGAUUUUAGUCCGAUUUUUAUUAGUGCUGGGUUGCUAUAGUCUAUCCUAACCCAAAACCGUCCGUCAACUGUCAAAUCACUAACCCCCUUAUUAGUAAAAAGUUACACCCAGGAUGAACACUGGAUUAAAAUUACAUUUCCAUAUUAAAUGACAAUUUAAACCAGAGUUCAACUAGGGUGUAACUUUUAUUAAUAAGGGGAAAUAUGUUUUUGGUCAAAUUAUCUACAGUUUUUGUUUUUACAUUUUCAUAUUGUUAACUAUACAAUUUAAAAGUGUAAAUGCAUUGAAAAUGAUUUGAGUGGUCGAAAACAGAUUGUAAUUUUACAGUUAAAAUACGGAUUUCGAUUAGGAUUGAUUAUAGCAAGCUGGCUUAAGUCAGUAAAUAUGAAAUUUCGUUUUCUUAUUUUGUUUUUGACCAGAAAUGGUCCACGCAGUAACCUAAAAUUACAGAGGUGUCUACUAUUAAGAAAAUGGCUGCAAAUAUAAGUACUGCUGACUUAAUACAAAUUGGACUAUAAACAGUGACGAUUUUCAGAUAGUCUUGAUAUUAUCUUGGCAGCAGACUUGGCCAAUAAUAAACUUGGCAAAGCUAGACUUGGUCGUGACCAAGUAUCAAAAGUAAGAGUCAAAAUUCGAUUACUAUCAGAAAAUUGAACAAAUUCCUAGUAAAUCCGGUGUGGCUUUAUGAAUAGUCAGUACUAGAAUUUACCGACUAGCUUUGUCCGACUUUCACUGCAAAAAACAUUUCAAGUAUGAUUAUACACAUACUAGGUUAAAAAGCUAGUUGAAGAUACUACUGCUGAUAUUACAGAUAUUUAGCUCAACUUUAUUGUUUACCUCAUAUCUAUAUAUUGCAGAAAACUUAUUACUUACUCCUACCAUUUAGAAUUUAAAGUAUUCUGAACUCCACUUUUAUUUGGUUUUUAAAACUCAAGUAUAAUCCACCAGAGAUAUACGGUCGUAUUCACAAACGAUGCUUGCUUAAGUGACGUAGCAAAUCGAACGCACAGCGUUGAAUAGAGCUCUGUGAUUGGUUCGUGUGUCACCCUGUGCGGCGCACUGUGAGACCUCAUAGUAAUGUUUGUGAAUACGGGCGUAAGUAUCAACAGAUAUUCACCAUAAGUCGUCUAAAAUACGUUGUGUAAGCAUACAUUACAAUACAAAAUCUGUUUUUUUAGAUAGGCCCAUUUCAGGGUUCCAGACAACAUAUGGGCUGGUACUGAGAAUCUCAGUCACUUUUCUCACCUAUUUUUGUUUAUUUCAUUGUCAGCGUCAAAUAGUUCGUGACCCAAAAAAAUCGCAACACGUCUUUGUUACAAUGAGGGUUUUCGCGUAUGAAACAUCCGCCAGAUGGCAAUACGUAGACGCGAGGUCCAAAUGCUGCAUGAUUGGUUAUUUUUGACAUGACAUUGACAGAUAUGUCAAAAUCCACCAAUCACGCAGCAGUCAGACCCCACAUCCACGUCCCGCCAUCUAGCGGAUCUUUCAUACGCGAAAACCCUCAUUGGAAUAAGGUUGAACUAUUUGACGCUGACUGUACGAGCUAGACUAAUAAAAAUCAUGCGUUCUUGUCAUAAUAUGAAGUCCGAUCUUAUAUUUUCUUAUAUUUUUUUCCAAAAAAAUUACUUCAACAAUAUGAAACCUGAAAUGUAUAGAUCUUGAGGUAACAUAUUUAUAUAUUGUUUUACAAUGUAAAGUAACAAAACUAAACACUUUUCCAAAUAAAAUCAAAUAUACAAGCAUCAACACAUAACAUACAAAAAUUGUAUUCAAUUCCAAUGCAACGUGGUUCGAAUCUGUAUUCUUUACAUUGUGAAAUGUAUUAAAUCCAAAUAAAUUUAAGAGGGUAUAUUAUGGUGAACAAUACAUUUUGUCUGAUAUUGAACUACUAUUAUAUCAAUACCUAUCAGUUUUAAUUCGAGUUGUAUGGCCUAAAAAUAAAUAUUCAAAUUUUUUUUCACACAUACUUCAGAAAUAAAAGAAA